GACCAUGCAGCACAGCAGCCCAUCCUGAUGGACACGAAAUGGGUGACCUCUGAGUUGGCAUGGACAACGCAUCCGGAGACAGGGUGGGAAGAAGUCAGCGGUUAUGACGAGGCCAUGAACCCCAUCCGCACGUACCAGGUGUGCAACGUACGGGAGGCCAACCAGAACAACUGGCUUCGCACUAAGUUCAUCCAGCGCCAGGAUGUCCAGCGUGUCUAUGUGGAGCUGAAGUUCACCGUGCGGGACUGCAACAGCAUCCCCAACAUCCCUGGCUCCUGCAAAGAGACCUUCAACCUCUUCUAUUAUGAGUCAGAUACGGAUUCUGCCUCUGCGAACAGCCCUUUCUGGAUGGAGAACCCCUAUAUCAAAGUGGAUACAAUUGCCCCAGAUGAGAGCUUCUCCAAGUUGGAGUCUGGCCGCGUGAACACCAAGGUGCGCAGCUUUGGCCCUCUCUCCAAGAAUGGCUUUUACCUUGCCUUCCAAGAUCUGGGAGCCUGCAUGUCCCUCAUCUCUGUCCGGGCUUUCUACAAGAAAUGCUCCAACACCAUUGCUGGCUUUGCUAUCUUCCCGGAGACUUUAACGGGGGCCGAGCCCACUUCUCUGGUCAUUGCACCAGGCACCUGCAUCCCCAAUGCAGUGGAAGUGUCUGUGCCCCUAAAGCUGUACUGCAACGGUGAUGGCGAGUGGAUGGUACCUGUGGGAGCGUGUACGUGUGCCGCUGGAUAUGAGCCGACCAUGAAGGAUACCCAGUGCCAAGAGUGUGGCCCGGGAACCUUCAAGUCUAAGCAGGGGGAAGGUCCCUGCUCUCCCUGCCCUCCCAACAGUCGGACCACCUCUAGAGCAGCAAUGGUCUGCACUUGUCGGAACGGCUUUUUUCGGGCAGACACAGACCCUGCAGACAGCGCCUGCACCAGCGUCCCCUCUUCCCCCCGCAAUGUCAUCUCCAACGUGAACGAGACGUCGCUGGUGCUGGAGUGGAGCGAGCCACAGGACACGGGUGGGCGGGACGACCUGCUCUACAAUGUCAUCUGCAAGAAGUGCAGUGUGGAGCGGCGUCUGUGCACCCGCUGCGACGACAACGUGGAGUUUGUGCCACGCCAGCUCGGCCUCACGGAGCGACGCAUCUACAUCAGCAACCUGAUGGCCCACACCCAGUACACCUUUGAGAUCCAGGCCGUCAACGGCAUCUCCAACAAGAGUCCCUACCCUCCCCAUUUCGCCUCUGUCAACAUCACCACCAACCAGGCAGCCCCAUCUGCCGUGCCAACAAUGCACCUGCACAGCAGCACCGGGAACAGCAUGACGCUGUCAUGGACUCCCCCAGAGAGACCCAACGGCAUCAUUCUUGACUAUGAGAUCAAGUACUCAGAGAAGAGUGAUGGCAUCGCAAACACAGUCACCAGCCAGAAGAACUCGGUGCGGCUGGACGGGCUGAAGGCCAACGCUAGGUACAUGGUGCAGGUCCGAGCACGCCCCGUGGCUGGAUCCGGCCGCUACAGCCUCCCCACGGAGUUUCAGACAACUGCAGAGGGUGGUUCCACCAGCAAGACUUUCCAGGAGCUGCCUCUGAUUGUGGGUUCAGCCACCGCAGGGCUGGUGUUCGUCAUCGUUGUGGUGGUGAUCGCUAUCGUCUGCUUCAGGAAGCAACGCAACAGCACCGACCCUGAGUACACAGAGAAGCUGCAGCAAUACGUUACCCCUGGGACGAAGGUAUACAUUGACCCCUUCACCUAUGAGGAUCCCAACGAAGCUGUCCGGGAAUUUGCCAAAGAGAUUGACAUCUCCUGUGUGAAAAUUGAGGAGGUCAUUGGAGCAGGUGAGUUCGGUGAGGUGUGCCGUGGACGCCUGAAGCUGCCUGGACGCCGUGAGAUCUUCGUGGCCAUCAAGACGCUGAAGGUGGGCUACACGGAGCGGCAGCGACGAGACUUCCUGAGCGAGGCCAGCAUCAUGGGCCAGUUCGACCACCCCAACAUCAUCCACCUGGAGGGUGUGGUGACCAAGAGCCGACCUGUCAUGAUCAUCACGGAAUUCAUGGAGAACUGUGCACUUGACUCCUUCCUCCGGCUGAAUGACGGGCAGUUCACAGUCAUCCAGCUGGUGGGAAUGCUGCGAGGCAUCGCUUCUGGCAUGAAGUACCUUUCGGAGAUGAACUAUGUGCACCGGGAUCUGGCUGCCCGCAACAUCCUGGUCAACAGCAACUUGGUCUGCAAAGUGUCUGACUUCGGGCUCUCUCGCUUUUUGGAGGAUGACCCAGCUGACCCCACCUACACCAGCUCCCUGGGGGGUAAGAUUCCUAUCAGAUGGACAGCUCCUGAGGCCAUCGCCUACCGCAAAUUCACUUCAGCCAGCGACGUGUGGAGCUAUGGUAUCGUCAUGUGGGAAGUGAUGUCCUAUGGGGAGCGACCUUACUGGGACAUGUCCAACCAGGACGUGAUUAAUGCAGUGGAGCAGGAUUACCGCCUGCCACCCCCCAUGGACUGCCCCACUGCGCUGCACCAGCUGAUGUUGGACUGCUGGGUGCGGGACCGCAACCUGCGGCCCAAGUUUGCACAGAUUGUCAACACACUUGACAAGCUCAUCCGCAAUGCUGCCAGCCUGAAAGUCAUUGCCAGCGUCCAGUCUGGCAUCUCCCAGCCACUCCUGGACCGCACCGUCCCAGAUUACACCACCUUCACCACUGUGGGAGACUGGCUGGAUGCCAUCAAAAUGGGACGGUACAAGGAGAACUUUGUCAAUGCCGGGUUUGCCUCCUUUGACCUGGUGGCGCAGAUGACUGCAGAGGACCUGCUGAGGAUAGGAGUGACGCUAGCAGGGCACCAGAAGAAGAUCCUGAGCAGCAUUCAGGACAUGAGGCUGCAGAUGAACCAGACGCUCCCGGUGCAGGUUUGACCACAGGGGACUCUGCAUUGGAACGGACCAAGGGAACCUGCCAACCAGGUUCAGUUUGCGGUGCAGCCCUGCUUCCCGUUUUCCCCUCCACAUGGCGCUCCUCUGCCUCGGACGGUCGCCUGGGAUGGGAUGGGAUGGGACGCCCUUCCCUGGAUCGAAGGCGCUCAUGCUGAGAGAGAGCCCAGCUUUUCGUCCCGUGUCCAGGAGCGGUGAGGCAGCAACACAUCUUCAUAUUGAAGAUGGAUUAUGGGACAGAGAUGGCACAACCUGCUUCCCGCCCUGUCUUGGUGCUCAUCGGUUUGAAGAGUUGUUCUGCUUCUUGGAUUUCUUUUCACCCCGUUUUCCUCCCAGUCCUCACUUCCCUCACCUCCCCGAGGCCACAGACUGUUGACCCGUCCGCUGAGUUCGUCAGACACGUCCAAAGCCUUCCCUAACUCUGGUCUCCACAUGGAAGCAGCCGGGGGAGGCCAAGCUGGCGACAGGGCUGGGGCCAGCAGCCCCAGACAAUCACUCC